AUGUCAUCUACCACUCUAUCAAAUCAAUUGCCAGACGGUUCAUGCAACAAGACUGUUUACUUUACCAAAGUUACAGUUGAUGGUGAUAAUCAAUUGUCUCCAGUUUCCGACGAUUUAUACCAAUCCAUCUUCAAUAGAAUCUUAGCAGACCCAUUGCAAAAGGUAGAUUCAGCUUUUAAAUCUUGCGAAGACAUCCAAAAGAAGCUCUUGUUUACAGGUUUAUUUCAAUCAGCUGAGAUAACUUUGGAUCAUGACGUUGACGUAAGAUCUUCACGUCUGUUGACUGAAAACGUCCCUAAGACCUUGGACAUUGAGUUACCAAUACCCACAAUUGCUCAGGUCAAAUUGGUUCCUGCUGUGUAUAACAAGGGAUCUUUAUCCACUACUACGAGAGACACCUACUCUUCUGCCGGUGCACGUUUAUUUUGGAUUAAUAAAUUCGGGAAUGCAGAAACAAUUAGCUUGCAAGGAGACGUCAAUUACACUCCAUUCAACGGGAAACUGGAUGAAAGAUUACUUGGAGCAAAAUUAGCGUUGCCAUUUCCCAAGAAUCCGUCUGUAAAAGCGGCAGUUUAUGCUAACCACACUUACUUGGACUUAUUCAAGCAACCCUUCAUCGGUGAAUCUGACGAACACAAACAGUCUCAAUUUGGAUUGUCUGCUGGUAUCGAAAAGAACUUCUUAUACAAUAAUAACAAAUCAGUAAUCGAGACUUUCAAUGGUAUGACUAUGGUCGCUCGCAAUAUCUAUGGGUUUGCCGAUGCAUUGGCAGUGUCGGAUUCUAUAAAACAAUUCCAGGGAACUUUUACUAAAUCAAGCUUCAUUUCGGAGUUGAAAUCAGAUUCAAGAGAAUUCUACAAUAGAUUCCCUGUAUCUGGAAAACGAGUACAAUUAUUCCAUGAGUACAUCUUAAGCCAAGGAUUUACAAACUCAAAACCACUACCUCACGAGUCCAACUUUGACAAGUUAUCGGUCUCCUACGAAACUCACAGGCCUUUUUUUAACACUAAACUUGUCACAUCAUUACAUUUAGAUGCCGGUGCAAUUUUCCCAUGGAAAAAUAAAUCGAAACCCCUUGUUCAUCUACUUGAUUCAUUCUAUUUAGGUGGUCCUAAGUCUUUGAAGGGUUUUGAAAGAAACUGUGUAGGCAAUCGUGGUGGGCUAUAUUUCUACAAAUUGGGGAUCAGUUCCUCAUUCAAACUUCCAAACACACCAAUAGACUCGCCAUUAAGAUUGCAAUCUUUCAUUAACUUCGGUGAUGUGUUGAAUAAUUGGAGAGACGCCAAUCUUGAGAGAAAGCCUGCAUUGAGUACAGGUAUUUCUUUGAUCUAUUCUGCAAGCUUUGCAAACUUGGACCUAUCUUACUCAUUGCCUUUACGCGUUAGAGACUACGACAUCGCCAAACCAGGCUUGACCUUCGGAUUAGACUUGUCAUUUUUCUAG